AUGUCGAAUUACCGAACUCAGAGCGCGGCGGCGCGCUUCGAGAAGGUGGGACGAGAGAGUUACAAGAGAGUGAAAAAAGCAGCGGCUGCCACGUGGAUAAGAACAGUCCGCGUCGCGCAGCGCGUGAGGCGCGUGGCGUCCACGUUCAUGUCGUCAACAGGCUUGAAGUCCGUCUACCGCCGACGCCGUCGUUCCGCCGCAUCCGCCGUUCCAUUCGCCACCUCCCCAGACACGUCCCCCAGCAGCCGUGAUCCGCCACCGGCCGCGGAAGAAGCAUCGCCGGAGAGCAGCGCAAGGCAGCGCCGCUGCGGCCUUCCGAUUCCGCACCCCCCCGUCGUUCCGCUGCCGCAUUCGUCGCCGCGACGUUUCUUCUUCCGCCGGAGCAUGAGAGGCUGGAAGGCUGCGUUCGGGUUGCGAAAACCGUCUUCGUCUGAAGCGACUACACGAAGUUAUUUUCCUCACUCCAUCGCCUCUUCCGCUGCCAUCUCUCGCGCCGCUACUAGCGCUUACGCCGUAUUCUGCGCCUCUGCCCCCGUUGCCCCGGUGGACUCCCCUUCCGCCCCUUCCGCCGCAUCUGCCGCUUCCUCUGCUUCAUCUGCUAACCCCGCCGGUGCUAACCAAUCGGCUUCUUCCACGUCACCCUCCGUCUCCGCGUGUUUCUCGUUAACUGGAAAUGCUUCUUACUCUUCCUCCUCCGCUCCUUCGUUUCCCGCCCGUAGUACUACUCAUGCUGACUUGCGUGCCGGCCCCACCCCCGCCGCCAUUUUCGCCGCGAUUCCAGCACUCGCUCCGACUGCUUCCGUAAAAAUCGAUUCUUACGCCAUAUCUCACGCCAAUCCUGUCGCCGAUUGUCGCGGCGCGACAUGCUCCUCGUCGUGGAGGCGCGCCAUGGCGAUAGCGAUCCCCGCAGGCGACGGCGACGACCAGGUGGGGGAGGACGAGGGGGGAGAGGUGGGGGAACCGGGGGGCGGAGAGCCGGGGGAAGGGCCGGGGGAAACGGCGGGGCUGGCGGCCGCGGAAGCAGCGGAAGAAUUGGCGGAGUCGGAUGGCCUUAGUGGCGGCGCGCCGGUUUCUGCGGUGGACAUUGAUUCGCUGUGGGAAUCGGCGGCGGCGGCGGAGCUCGAGGAGGAAGAGCAAGCGGUUACGGCGGCGGCGAUAGCGGCGGCCUCCGCGGCGGCUGGAGCGAAGCGAUGGCGAGGGAGCUGGAAAGCACUAACGCCUCGGUCAAAUGCGGCGCCUAAAACUCCGAGAUCUGAUUUUUAUGGUAGCAAAAAGCCAGCACAAAUACCGGUUUUCACGCCGAGAGGGUUGGUUGAACCUAAAAAGGUUUGGGGCGCGCUGGCGGAAAGUGUGGCGUCGGCUCUGGCGGACAGCCUAAGCGGGGCGGAGAUGGCGGACGGCGCAGCGGGGCUGUCGGCGCCAACAAUUCCGCGUUUGUCCUUCCGCCGGUGGAGGUCUACCGCAGAGUCGCCCCGACCUAGGGCGAGCGGUGUUGCGGAAGUGGAGUUUGCAGAAGAGCCCCUCAAUUGGUUGGAGAGGGCGGGGAGUGGCGGAAUUGCAGUUUCCGCCGCGAGUCCCCCACCUCCUUUCACCCCUCGAUUCCUCUCCGCGCUCCGCUCGUCUUCCAAGCGCUCUGCUGCAGACGCGGCGGCCGUGGUGGUCGCGAGUUCGAAUUCUAGCGGCAAUGCAUCUUCCGUUGUUUCUUCCAGCCUGCCCAGCAGCAGCAGAAUGGUGCCUGAGUUGUCUUGGGGGCAGCUUUCUGAGCUUGCAACAGGCAAGGAGAGAAGGGACAGGGCUGUGGUGGAGAGGGGGCAUCAAGCGGUUCUGGUGAGAGGGGAUGCGGUGGAAGGGGGUGUGGUGCAGGAGGAAGCGGUGGAGUGGUGUGUGGUGGAGGACAAUGCAUGGGAGGAGCCAGAUAGUCCUGCAAUGACACAGACAGCAGACAGCAGUCCGAGGCAUGGUGGGUGUGGGAGCAAGGUGAAGGGGAAGGUGGCUCCUGGGGCAUCGCUCUCAGGCUGUCCUCGGUAA